UUCAAAUAUAAGCUGUUGAUAAACGAAAGGAGAAGCAAUGAUUCCCUUAUCAGACAUACAACCCACGUUAUCAAAACCGCCUCUAUCAACAUGGUGGAAACCAAGAUCUAUCAUUUACCCCCAACGGCUUUGAUGCCAAAUUCGCCUCUACCCUUGAUUCACUACACUGGUGUUCUGAAAGAGUCGGAGCGUACCUCGGGCCAUGCUUUUGAUCUCUUCUGGGACAACGGUUGGAGGGUGCAGUGGCUGGUGCGAUAUCCACAUACCCAGCGUGCCCAUUACCAUGGCGCGUCUCAUGAAUGUAUGGCGGUGCUGACAGGUACUGCCACCAUUCGUUUUGGUGUUGCCGACACAGCCGAGGAUCUUGAGGAAAAUACACACGGAUCCGCCUAUGAAGAGGGCGGUAUAGAACUGCAGGCCAAUGCUGGCGAUGUCUUCAUAAUACCUGCUGGGGUCUCCCAUAAAACGUACAAUACCCUCCCGGCUGCAGAAUUCGAGCGCUUGAGCGGUGGCGAUGGGCACGAUGUUGAUAUUGAAACUGCACGGGAGCUCUACCAUUCUAUCAAGCUUUCCGGAUUCACUAUGCUCGGUGCAUACCCUAAGGGGUGUCAAUGGGACUUUUUGGAGGGUGGCGAGCACGAAGGAAAUUAUGAAAAGGUUUGGAGUGUUCCCAAACCAGACACGGAUCCUGUAUUCGGUACGGGAAAGAGAGGUAUCAUGAAUCUAUGGGGUAAGACGGAAAUUGUUCCUAGGCUUUAAUCAUGCCGGAAAUGAGUCAACAGAGAACUGUUCACGAAUCCUGUGGAGUAAGAAAGGUAUAAUGAGUCGCCUUAAAGGAACACGAU